ACCCCGUUUUUGUCAUAACAAAAAAAAAAACUUAAAACCCUAAAAAACCAAAUUGAGCAGUUCCGUCAUCCUUCGUUUAUGACUCUCACUCAUCUCAACUGCCCGUAAACACCAAUAGCUUACCGGAAAACGCCGCCGGAGUUAAUUAUCAGCCGCCACAAUCAGUGAGAAACUCCGUCAGAUUUGCCAUGCUGGCGUUUUCGAGAGGCGUGGUUUCUCGUCUUCAACAUUUUGCCGUGUCCACACCCUCGCCGUUAUUGUUGUCGCGGUUUUUGAGUUCGGAUGCGGAGGCUUUACGGAUUAUUGAAGCAAAGCCUAGUGUCAUGACCCCUAAUUCGACACGGACUGGUCUCAUAGCUGUCAAGUGUGGAAUGAGUGCACUUUGGGAUAAAUGGGGUGCCAGAAUUCCAAUCACUGUGCUUUGGGUUGACGACAACAUUGUUUCUCAGGUCAAAACCCCUGAGAAAGAAGGCUUUUGCGCUCUCCAGAUUGGUUGUGGACAGAAGAAGGAAAAACAUUUGACAAAGCCUGAGGUGGGUCAUUUUAGGGCUCAAGGAGUUCCAAUGAAGAGGAAGCUAAAAGAGUUUCCAGUGACAGAGGACGCACUUCUUCCUGUAGGUACAUCGCUUAAUGUUCGCCAUUUUGUUCCUGGCCAGUAUGUUGACAUUCAAGGAAUCACUAAAGGAAAAGGUUUUCAGGGUGUAAUGAAGAGGCAUGGUUUUAAAGGAGGUCCAGCAAGCCACGGAGCUUCAUUAUCACAUAGAAGCGGAGGUUCUACAGGACAACGCGAUGCUCCUGGAAAGGUUUUCAAAGGUAGAAAGAUGCCUGGGCGAAUGGGUGGCGACCAACGAACAGUUAAAAACGUAUGGGUCUACAAAAUCGAUCCAGCAAGGAAUUUGAUGUGGGUGAAAGGCCAGGUCCCAGGAGCUACAGGGAACUUUGUUUUUAUAAAAGAUGCCGUCUAUGAAAAACCUGAUGUAUCUCUACUUCCUUUCCCAACUUACUUUGUGCCAGAAGAUGAAGCUACAGAUGAUUUGAAACCUUUGGUUGCUGAUCUUGGAGAUGUGGAUCCAUUUAUGGUUACUGAUUAAAGAGAUAGUUCAGAAAAUGGAUUUUCACGCUAGGUUUUCUUCCUGUAACCAUGUUCUUUUAUUUGAAUAUAGAUGCCAAAAAUGAGAAUGUUAGGAAUCACCAUCCAAGGAUGACGUUUCACUUGAGUCCUUCACUGGAAGAUCUAGGCAACUUUUGUCAUUCAACAAUUCUGAUUCAGGAUUGGGUGAACAUGGCUGUUUUGAAUCCUACAAAUAAGUGGAGACUUGGAAUUAGUGAAUGCGAUACUUUAUUCUAAUGUAUUGAUUCCCUUUUUUGAGCCAAUUUAUUUGGCACUGACCAUGCGGUAUUUAAAUUAAUUUUACUAUAUCUAUCUAUUUAUUCUGAUUGUGAUAAUUUUAAAGGACUUC